UGACCUACCUACCUAGGUAGAGUCUUUCGAUUAGGUAGCUAAGAAGAGAUCCAUGCCAUUAAAUGUUUCCUGUUUUACAAGUGCCCAGGUGUUUAGGUGCGAGGCGUAAUAUUCGAUUUAGAAGCAUCUCUCCUUGGACCCGAUACCGAAUUCGCUACAAUACGUCAUCUCAAAAUAAUUCUUUUCCUCCAUCAACUAAGUACAAUUUACCCCUUGAUCAUCCCCAGGCGCCAGCUAUGGGUCUUGCAAGGGAAUACCAGAGUAGGAUUCAUAAAGCUGUGCCGAAUAUUUCGUGAUCAACGUACAAAAUAUGCCCGAACCAUUCUGAGCUCCGCUUUGGGUAGACGGCAACCGACCAAUCACACUUUUCACGAACUAAUGCCGUACCAGUCCAUAGGUCAAUCGCAACGAGAAGCGAGAAAUACAAGUAAGAUACGGGAGUUAGGCCAGGGGUCGGUCCAAUACCAGUCAAGAUUGUAUUGCGGGGUUGGAGAAUAUACGACCCCUGAAGCAUACUGACCAUGCGAAUAGAGGUCGACCCGAGCGAAACCGAAGUUCGGGAAAUAUGUCUGCGGUGUAAUAUCCAUGUAGGCAAUGUCCCGAUUUCAAAUAAGGUGCAGACGUGCCGCUCUCAUCUCGAACCCAAAAUCAUCAUCAUAAUACCUUUCGCCACGUCAUAAGGCAUCAAAUCAAGCGGCUUUUUGGGUAAGAAAUAUAUGAUGGCACUUAAGGCUGACGAGAUCACGAAGCAUAACACCGCUUCCUCGUGCUGGAUCGUCAUCGACAGCAAGGUGUACGAUGUGACAUCAUAUUUGGAAAUGCACCCAGGCGGAGCGGCGAUUUUGGUAAAGAGAGGCGGAAGAGAUGCUACAGCCGGCUUUCGUAAGGUCCAUUCACCAGAUUCGCUGCAACAUCUACCGAAAGGGAGCUGCUUGGGUGAGAUAGAUGCCGCGACCCAGGCCUCAUUAACUGCUUUAGCAGCAUCAUCGAGCGAGUCAUCGUCUCCAUCCACAGCAGCAUCGUCUCCAUCGCCCGCCCAGGACGGCCCACCGCACAUCGCCCACUGCGUAAAGGUGUCCGACUUCGAGGCCGCGGCGCAGGGCGUCCUGUCCCGCAACGCACUCACCUACGUCUCCAGCUCCGCCAACUCCGCGCUCUCCCUCCAGGCGAACCUAGCCUCCUGGUCGCGCAUCCGCUUCCGCCCGCGCGUCCUCCGCGACGUCCAGCACGUCUCCCCACAGACCUCCAUCUUCGGGCACGCCUCGCCGUACCCCUUCUACCCCUCCGCCAUGGGCCAGCUCGGGCGCUGCCACCCGGGCGCCGAAGCCGAGCUCGUCCGCGCCAUCGCGCGCCGCGGCGCCCACGCGCUUAUCAGCGCCGAGUCCACGCUCCCUCUCGAGGACAUCGCCGCCGCGCUCAAAGACGAGCAGCAGAAACCACCACUACUACCACCACCGUCCAGCCAGACGGCCGCGUUCCCGCCCUCCCAGCUCCACUACCAGCUCUACGUGCACACGUCCCGCGCCAUCACCACCGCCCGCAUCCGCCGCGCCCGCGCCGCCGGCUACCGCAGCCUCUGGAUCACCGUCGACACCCCCGUCCUCGGCAAGCGCACCGCCGACCGCCGGCUCCAAGCCGCCUCCGCCCUCGACGCCGGGCUCCCCGCCGCCACCGCCGCGCAGGCAGGCUUGGGCCGGCGCACGCACGCGCCGCAGGGCCACCUGUCGCCCUCCGUCUCGUGGGCCGACCUGGCGUGGAUCCAGGCGGAGUGGGGCGCCGACAGGCCCGUGGUGCUGAAGGGCGUGCAGAGCGCGGAGGACGCGCGCCUCGCGCUGCAGCACGGGUGCAGAGGGGUCGCGCUGAGCAAUCACGGCGGACGCCAGGCGCACUCGGCGCCGGAUGCGCUGACGACGCUGCUGGAGAUACGGGAGUACGCGCCGGAGGUGCUGCUGGCGGGGUUGGAGGUCUUUGUGGAUGGGGGGUGCAGGGAUGGCGCGGAUGUGCUGAAGGCGGUUUGCUUGGGGGCGACGGCGGUGGGGGUGGGGAGGCCGUUCUUUUAUGCGAUGGGGGCGUAUGGGGGGUUGGGCGUGGAGAGGUGUCUUGAUUUGCUCGCGGAAGAACUACAAUCCGGCAUGCGACUCCUGGGGAUAACGUCCCUGGAUGAGGCACGCCCUGAGAUGGUCAAUGCUACGCGGCUGCUUAACGAGAUGUGGCGGCCUGAGAAGAGCCGGUUAUGA